UUUACAAGCGCGAGCACUUCAGAGAGUAGACACUGGCAUCGCACCGCAAUAUAGAUGGAAUUAUAAUAAUGGAUUACCACUGGGUACUGUUUUCUGUCUUGUUGCAGUUAAGCUUUCAAACAGGCAGGUCCAGACCCACCAUCACCCCCGGCAAUCCCCACCUGGUCAUUCCAAUGAAUUCUCCCUUAAGCCUGAUUUGCAAGGGUGACCGGGUGGUGCGGUGGCACCGGGAGGACCGUCCAAAGCUGAGGGGUGAGGUGCGGAGUAAUGGGCUGGCCGAGCUGAAAAUACCCAAAGCUAUGCCUGUCCACAUGGGUCGAUACAUCUGCCUAGAGGAGAGCAGUGGACAGCAGAACUCUGUCUACGUCUAUGUCAAAGAUCCUGAAAAUGCCUUUAGAAAGACAAUGGUAUUCAGCGUCCUGGCUCGUGUGGGAGACAGUAUCGCCAUCCCCUGCCUAGCCACCGACCCCGCCAUGGUCAACCUGCGCCUGGAGCCGUGUCAUGGCGGAGCUCUUCCUGCUGGCCUCCACUAUCUACCCAGCCUGGAGCGAGGCAUGGUCAUUGAUAACACUCAGAAAGCCUUUGAGGGCUGUUAUAUCUGUACCGGCAGACUGGACGGCGUCCUUGUCAAAUCACGCGACUAUGAUCUGACUGUGCGUCCAGUUCCAGACACGCCCCCUGUGAUUGAGAUGCGGGGACCAAAAAGUUUGGUUUUGACACGGGGCCAGACUCUUACUCUGACCUGCAGUACCACCAAUGUCAACGGAGACAUUAAGCUGAAGUGGACCUCUCCACCCGGCACGCAACCAACAGUGGAAAACGCCUCACGCAUCCUGACUGAGCCCAUCACGCAUGUCCGGAGCAGUACACUCACCAUCAACUCUGUUAGUAAACAGGAUUCUGGGAGAUAUCGUUGUGAGGGUCAGAACGAGAAGGGGAUCAGUUUUGAGUCGAUCUGGCUGGACGUCUAUGACAGAGGUUUCAUCAAUUUGUCCCCCGCUGACAAUGGGACAGUGCGCGUCCGUGCAGGAGAGAGUCUGUCCCUGCAGGUGGACAUGGAGGCAUACCCCAAACCGCACACAUUCACAUGGAGCUUCACAGGCCAGCCGCUCAAAAACACCUCAGACCAUGUAAUCACCACACAGGCCAAACAACAACAACAACAACACAGGUACACCAGUGAGCUGAGGCUGGUCCGUCUGAAAAUGUCAGAAAGUGGAGUAUACACUUUUUAUUCCUCCAAUGGUGAUGCAUCAGUCAAUCAGACAUUUUCGGUCUACGUUAUCAGUAAACCAGAGAUUGUAUCUCAUGAGGGCCCGGUUGAUGGACAGGUACGAUGUGUAGCUAAGGGAUACCCUGCCCCUCAGAUCACAUGGUACUACUGUGAACAGCCCUAUAUACGAUGCUCCCAUCAGAUGAAUGCCACGCAGGAGGAGCAGGACAUUGUCACUGUGACGUUGCUGAGUCCCUCUUUCGGGAAGACGGAGGUGGAGAGCAGGCUAAACGUCACGACAGGAAGAUUCAACACGCUGGAAUGUGUGGCCACGGUAGAUGGAGAGCAGGCCUACACGCUGUUCUCUAUAAGUGAAAGAACUGUACAACAUGAGCUCUUCACCCCUCUGCUGAUUGGCUUUGUGUCGGCAGCCGCCCUCCUCUGCUUCAUCCUUGUUGUGCUCUUCUACAAGUACCUGCAGAAACCGAAGUACCAGAUCCAGUGGAAAGUUAUUGAAGGUAUCCACGGAAACAACUAUGUGUACAUUGACCCUACCCAACUCCCAUAUGACAGCCAGUGGGAGUUCCCUCGAGACAAACUGCGAUUUGGAAAAACUCUGGGUUCCGGAGCUUUCGGGAAGGUGGUGGAAGCUACUGCUUAUGGGAUGUCCAAGGCCGAUACAGUGAUGACAGUGGCAGUCAAAAUGCUGAAGCCCAGUGCCCACGCCACCGAGAAGGAGGCGCUGAUGUCAGAGCUGAAAGUUCUGAGCUACUUGGGAAACCACAUGAACAUUGUCAACCUGCUGGGAGCCUGCACUGUUGGAGGUCCAACCCUGGUGAUCACAGAGUACUGCUGUUUCGGUGACCUCUUGAACUUUCUGAGGAGGAAGAGAGAAAUGUUCUUCUGUUCGAAGCUAGGGGAAGACUGCUAUUACAGGAACGUCAUGCUACAGAGGGAGACAGCUACGACGGAGACAGUUGGGUCAGGAGACAGCAGGAAUGGUUAUAUGGACAUGAGACCUUCUGUUGCUGGCGUCCUGCCCAGUGGCUUCUCCUCGGAGAAGAGACGCUCCAUACGCAAAGCAGGUGGAUCCAGCAGUGAACCAGAUGUUGUGAGUGAAAUGCUCCAUGAGGACGGUCUCUCUCUGGACACAGAGGAUCUGCUUAGCUUCUCCUACCAAGUAGCUAAAGGCAUGGACUUCCUGGCUUCGAAAAACUGUAUCCACAGAGACCUUGCUGCCCGGAACAUUCUGCUGACCCAGGGACGAGUGGCAAAGAUCUGUGACUUCGGCCUGGCUCGUGACAUCACCACUGACUCCAACUAUGUGGUGAAAGGCAAUGCUCGCCUCCCCGUCAAGUGGAUGUCACCAGAGAGCAUUUUUGAAUGUGUGUACACAUUUGAGAGUGACGUGUGGUCCUAUGGCAUCUUGCUGUGGGAAAUCUUCUCGCUCGGAAGCAGUCCAUAUCCUGGGAUGCCUGUGGACUCAAAGUUCUAUAAAAUGAUUAAAGAAGGAUACAGAAUGGAUGCACCAGACUUUGCACCAAGUGAAAUGUUUGAGAUAAUGAAUUCGUGCUGGGAUCCAGACCCCUUUAACAGACCCAAUUUCAACAAGGUGGUGGAAAGAAUCGAACAACAGCUGUCAGACACAACCAAACACAUUUAUCUGAACUUCAGCUCCAGGUUUCCAGUGACAAUGGGGCCCCCUGGUACCAAGACGGAUCAGGGGGCCCAGAACGCCAGCUUCCUGCGUCUCAACCCGGUAGGCAGCAGCAACUCCCAUACUCAACCCCUAUUGGCCAAUGCCAGCGAUGACGUCUUCCUGGAGGAGACGGCCACAGGGCUCGUGAUCCACCGGGUGUAGGCUCCAACCCUGAAGGGCUGCCCCAUGAAGUGCCUGUUCAGUGCUGCCCCAAAUCACCCACUCCACCCCAUCCCCUAUAUUCAAACUGUUAGCUUUCGCCCCCUUCAGAAAGAGGCCUAAUUUCAGCUGAUAGACAGAAUAUUCCUGAAAGCUCUGCUUCAGGUCUCCUUAGUGUGUAUUUUUGUUGUCAACAUUUUACAAGUAGAAUUUUGUUUGUUCUCCAGCGUUUAUAAUGGUGGCGGGACAAAACUGUGGGCAGAGGCACUAUAAAUUUGAACGUCAUUCCGUAGAUCAUGGAGAUAUUCCAGUCCAUCUUUUUUUUUUUUUUGUCUUUCAAGAGUUAAUGUCAGUAUUACUCCAAACAUUCAGUUUUGGUGAUUAUGUGAAGGAGAGAUAUUUUGUCAGACAUUUCUAAGGCCAAGGGUUGAAAUAAUCAGUCUAAAGUCUCAAUCCAAAUAUCCAAAAUGAAUGGUACUACUUCAGUCAAGCUGACGUUCCUGUGUAUAUGUGUAUAGAUUAAUCUUGGGUAUGACUAGUAAUAGGUGUAUCAUGUGAGCUGUAGUAUUACCUUUCAUUCACCAGGAAAGUCUUUGUAAAUAUGUAAAUAUGUUUCUUGUGUCGGCACCUCUUCUGUCCUUGGUACAGGACUCUUGUUUACAUUCGUCAUCAGAUAGGUACUGCCCUAUGACCGUGGUGUUUUCCUUAUUAACAAACUCUCACCAACAAUGUGAAGGUUCGAAAAGUGCUGGGCUAUGACGCCCGUACCGUAUACAGUGGGGAGAACAAGUAUUUGAUACACUGCCGAUUUUGCAGGUUUUCCUUCUUACAAAGCAUGUA